CAUGGCGGAUGGACAGACGCAGAGAAACAUUCCUCAGACAAAUGGUCAUUUAAUGCGUAUUUGACGCAAAUUAAUUUUUAGAUAUUCUUUCUCACGAAAGAUAUCAUUAUGCCAAAUCUCUGUUUCCUGGUGUUAGUUUUAUUUAGCUUCCUAAUGAUCGUAAAUUGCAGAACCUUGCGCGGUGUUUUCAACUCUCGUUCGGCCCGACUGUAUCAGGGUCAGUAUCUGACUAAGUUCUGCUUUUACGGUAAGUUUUAAUUCAGCUGGGAAUGAAUUUUUGUCUUUUCAUUUAUUAACCUACGAUAACAGGAGACGAAAUUUCAAGAAACACUCGUUUUAUUAUCCAGAGGUGUGUGUGAGCAGGUAGAAUUUCAGCUUUCGCGAAUUUUCGCGACAGCUGAUUUCUGGGUUGUUAGAUGUGCUUACCGCCAGUUCACCACGUAUUGCUAUGUUAUAUGAAUAUUAUUUAAACUUGCCCUCUGUGAUUUUCCUCAGAAAAUGGCCACGGAAAGCAUGAGCCAUGAUGGCCAGCUAAAUGUGUAUCUGUCAUUCCCGAAACACAUAGAUGACGCUUUUGAGGUGGAGCAGUUCUCGAGAGAUUCUAGUGAUUGCUUGUUGAUUUAAUUUUUCUUGUCCUAUCAUUAUGUACAUUAGGUGAUUCCCUGGUUACUUUUAAGUUAAACACAACCUCAAGUGGAAAGCUGUAUUUUUUCUUGACGAGAAAUGGCCAUUAGUGGAGCAAACAUCACAGUGUCAGAACAGGCUUGAUAUGGCUCAAUAUUCAUGUAAGUCGAACAACUUUAUUUGUUUGAUACUCAUGAAUGGUAAAGACUCUGUAUGCACAUAGAGAAUGUCCCUUCCACUUUAUCAGAUAUUUUAGGGUCUGCACACAAUGUAUGACAGACCUCUUUAACUUCAAGAAAUGACCAACAUAUAACCUCUCCCUUUAAGAUCCAUACAUUGUCCAGCAAACAGGUAAUGAGAAAACUCGAACUUGUCAGAGAGAAGUUGAAAUUAAAAGUGUAGCAGCCAGAGGGGUGAACUAACAAUCAGAUCUUAGGAGUUAAAGGGUUAACUUGGAUGAUUUAUACUUAUAAUUGAGCCAUUAAUGAAUUAUCAAUUAUGGAGAUCCUUUUUAACCACUAUUUCUGGGCCUCUUUCAGUUGCACUUGAAACUACAUCAGGAGAAAAUAAGUUUUCCCCUUGGGAUGACCCCAAGGUAUGGUAUGUUCUGUAUGCGGAUUCUGUGACCUGUGACCCUAGUGUGCCAGCUCUUGAUGACAUUGCAUUCACUUUAGAAAUGCUUAAUCCUGAUUCUGGUGGAAAACCAACAAAUCACUGUGGCUGUGAUGAGACAGGUCAGCAUUUGUAUUGUAAAAUGAGUUAAACUUCACAGUAUCUGGGUUUGUUGAAGUUCUGAUGAAGAAUUCUUGUUCUGAAACAUUAAUUAGGGAGGCUCCAGAAUCCAAGCAGUUCAUAUUUUGAAUCAGAUGGUAACCAGAUUACGUCCUUUGCCAUUCUUAAGUGGCCAGUAGUUUCUCCCAGUUUCUGUACAACAAAACAGGAAGAAAUUACCAAGAGUGUUGCCACUUUCCCCAAGAUGUAAUGUUCAUCCAUCAGAGGUUAUACUUGCUUUCUCUUCUGUUUCCAAUUGCCAGCCUCAUCAGUAUAUUUUCAGGAGCAACAGGAUUUUAUUUUUUUAUUUACAGGUUUGCUUUCAUUCUAUGAGGUGCUGGCAUUCCUUUACUUUGCUGGAGCAAUAGCUUAUGGUCAGCGUCUGUGGCAGACUAUACAGAAAGGAGGACCCAUGCACUUGGUAUGUUUGUAUUAACCCUUUACACCUUAACAUCAUUAUGCAUAUUCUCCACACUGUUCUCUAUACAUGUCCUAAGGUGCUGACAAGGAGAAUUUGUUUAACAAUCAAGAGCUUCUUUAGUUUGCAAUCAUUUCUUUUAUUCUCAUGACCUCAAUGUGUGAUUCCAGAGUGAAACUGUAAGGAGAAAUUUUAUGCUAGUGACUUUUAGGGGUAAAAGGGUUAACCUUGGUCAAGGUAUCAGUUCUUCUUACUAAAGAUCAAGCAUUCCUUUUACUGCUACUGAAAGGAAUUUUAUGUCAAACUAAAAUAGUAUGAUUUUGCUUAGUUGGUUGUGUUUGCUGUCAUUGUCCUUUCUGGUGAUAAAAGAAGGCCAGAUCUGUAGUGCAUAGCACUGCAGAUUAAGAUGUUUCAUUUUGAACCCAGAACCAGUUUCUUGAAAGUCCUGGUAGCUCUAUGGGCCCAAAGCCAUUUUUUUAAAUUUAAAUUUAAUGGAUGAAUGUGUGGAUCAACUAAAAAAUUAGCCCACUUUGUUUCAUUGUCUGAUAUUUUCAGUCUGAAUUUCAAAACUACCAAUACAUGUGUCUCAUUCUUGAAUGUAAUUUUGAGUAUUGGUAGCUAAUUGGCCUGGUGUGUGUCACUGGUGUUUCUUGCACAAGAAUUAACCAAAAAUCUGCUGUAAGAGCCUGAAUCUAGGCAACUUCAUGCCAAGUUGAGUCAUGUCCAGGUUCCAACAGUGUCAAAACCUCAACCUACUGUGGACAGUCUUUUAUGUUAUUUUAAGAGUCCACUUAAAAUCCAUAUUUGCUUUUAAUAAUAUCCACACAUGAGACUGGCCUCAAUAAAAUAUUACUGUUGAGACAUUUUUGUUUUGUGUAAUCUUUAGGUGAUCAAAAUGCUGUCAAUAGCCCUGAUUUACCAAGGCAUAGGACACUUUCUCACUCUCAUUCAUAUCUACAGGUAUUCACAAUUUUUAUUUUCAUUUGCACAGAUUUUUUGGUGAAAGUUUUAAUCAUAAGCAUGUAAUCACUUGAUUAUUCUAACUGUUACAAUUUUUUUAACCCUAGAUAUUCCAAGGAUGGUGAAGGUUAUCCUCUUCUUGAUAAUCUCUCCACAGGUAAACAGUGUGAAAGAAAGUUACUUUAUUACACAUAGUCCUCUUACUACACUUAACCCCCUAGCUCCCAUGAGUGACCAAGACAGACUUUCUCCUUACAACAUGAAUACAAUAUCAACCAGACAAGUGAUGAGAAUAAAGAAAACUAUAAAUUUUUUAGAUAAUUCAUUGAUCCAAUACUAAAUUCUGUGAACUAACAUUAUAAGAAUCAUAUGGUUGACAGUAAGGAGAAUUACAAAUUUGGUCUGGGAGCUAAAGUGUUAUUUUUUUUCAAUUGCCAUUCCCGUGAAUAGAGAUGCAUUAUAAGCAUCUCAUCAAGGAGAACAGGCUUAAUUCUUAAACCCUUAAGAGUUGUAAGAAUCUAAUUUCUCCCAACAGUAUCAUCCCUGAAUCAAACAUUAAGGUCACGAGAGUUAGGGAAAUAAUCACAAACUCAAGAAGCUCUUGUCUGUUAAACAAAUUAUAAGGCUAAUUAUAACUACCAUGCAAAAUUCACUCCUUCUCCUUCGUUCCAUUUAGACUGUACAUUGCUAAUGCUCACCUCAUAUUAGAGACUUUGGUUCCAGUAAAAGAGGGUAAAUAAAGAUAUAGUAUACACAAUGCAAGAAUCAAACCUUUGAAAAGUACUUCCUGUUGAGCAGGUCGCACCAUACCCUUUCAGGCCAAACGUCAGGACCAUGACCUCUUCCCUUCUGGGGUAAAUCCAACAAAAACUUUAAUCUUUUGUAUUCAAUAUUUUAUUACAGCAGCUAAUGGCCUUGCAGGAUAUCAGAUGUUAUUGAUGAUGGCCAAGUUAUCUACAGGAUGGACUCUGAGUUCUUCUUUUUCAACUCUGGAUCCAAAACAAAUGAAGCAGAUUAAUAUUGGUGUUAUUGUAGUUUCAGGUUUUGAGGUGGGUUGCCAACCAUUUCCUAAACUAACACUUGACACAUCUAUUUGAUUGAAACUGAUGCUGGAAAUGUCAGCUUAAGAAUCUCUUUAUGGUGACCAAUUCACAUCACCUACUCAGAUGAUGAAACCAAAUUAUGUCAUUAUACCCUUACAAACAUAGUGCUACAGUUUCUUUUAAUUAUAAACUUGAUCCCAUUAUUCAACAAAAACAUAAAAUGCCUUUUUGACAUAUUCGCUUUUUCCUCAUUUGGGAAGCAAGAUCUCAAUUACUGGUAAUGGAACACAUCAAUACAUCAAUAAGGUUGUGGAACACAUCAUGGAAAGUCUUGGAAUUUUAAGAUUUUUAAAAAAAAGAACCUUUGUGGACUCAGUUUGCAAGGGCUUUUGUGGCACCAACUUUAUCUCUAAUUUCUCUUGAAUUGUGCUUGGGAAAAAUUUACAAAAGAGGGAUUUCUGCCAUUAGAAUUUUAAUUAUGACAGCCUACCAUAAUUUAUCAUCUGCUUUUAUUUGCAGGUCAUGUUGUCAUUUUGGAAUACGACGACUCUUUUAGUUCUUAUAAAAAUUUUGAUAGCUGGUGGCUUUGGUGUCAAAAUUAGUAAGAAAAUCACAGAAGAACGAAGUACACUUCGUAGGGAAUUUUAUAAUAAGUUUGCAAAGGUGGGUAUCGUGUUUUAAUGAUACAUAUACAUGUACCCCAUUUUUCAUGUUGCAGACUGAGGUAGUUCAUAAAAACUAAGGUAACUGCAUUUUUGUUUUCAGUGUUGUUUGACGUGGCUUUUAGCAUACCCAGCUUUAGCAAUUUUGUCAUUGGUAUUACCUGUUCAUUCAAGAUUUAAGGUAACUAUGAUUAAAUUCAGAUCAAGGUACAGUGUAUUGCAGAUAGGUUUGAUUAUAAACAACUCACUUUUGACCAGUACAUGAUAAGGGGUGGUUUGUUUCUAAAAGGUUAAAUGUGAUUACUGCCACUUGAAAUAGUGCAUGAUUGGGUAUGUGAUACAGGCCCCUCAAAACCCCUACCUUAUCAUAGUCUAUUCUGUGGCUGCUUAUAGACCAUCUGGGUCACUUCUUGGCAAAAUGUGAUUUUUUGCAAUCCCAACUUUGUCACUUUUUGUUCAUAAAGCCUUAUGUACACCAACCUAAAAUAAAUUGGUUCAUUUGUUGAUUUGAAUUUAGAUCACUUUACUUUUUGCCUUCAAUACAAACUUUCUGGUAAUUUGCUAACUGACCCUACCUACAAGAAUUUUCUUACCCCCAAAAUCCUGAAAAUUCACAACCCCAUUCUAUUCACUCUUUUAAACAUGUAACACCAUUAUAGUCAAUCCAGAAAUGAAAAUACGACCCCAUCUGCAGCACACUCCCAUCCCCCACCUCCCCCAGCUUAUGCUAUCCCUACACUGUUAGAAGUGAACUAACUUGAAACUGAACAUUCAUGAAUACUUAUAUAUCUGUUGAUUUCAGGUUAUCACAUGGGGCUUGUUGACUGCUCAGUCAAUGUCAAUCCUUUUGCUAUACAGACUCUUUUUAUCAAGGAGUUUAUAUUGGGAGGUAUCUUCUCUUGCUACUAGUACUCUUCCUCUUCGCAUGGACAGAAGUGAAGGCAGCAAGACAUACAACUCUGAGACUAGGACUGUUAGAAUACACAAACACAUUGCUGUUAAUUGAAUACAAACAUCUCUCUGUUAUUUAGGGCUAAUGGAAUGAUAAGGUCCAUGCAAUCAGAUAGAGGAGCUCUGAUAGGGUUAGUAAGUCCUCGUGAUAAGAUGAAUUUAACCAUAUCUGACAGAGCCUGCAAGGAAGCUGUCAUUAUUAACUUGUGGCAUAAGCAUUUCUUUUCCUGUGAGGGCUUGUGUAACAGGAGCUGGUAAGAGGUUUCUGAGGGGUUUGGCAGACACCUUGGAACCCCUUCCAGGUAUUUAACCUUUCUGGAAGACAAAGAAACGCUUGUGCUGUAGUGCUUAUCACAGGGGCCUGCUCAUGGGAUAUCUGCAAUUGGCAAGUGGCAAACCCUCUCUUCACCUUUAAACCCUUAACCUUCCAAAGGCUCUGCUAUACUUAUGACAAAUCUAGAGACCAUUGUCAUGCACUGUUUUGUUUCUGUAUCAUUAAUUGAACAUCAUCUCAUGUCAAUGACUGCAUGAAGUCGAAUCAAUUUGUCUUCUAAAGACUUGCAGUGAUGUUCAAGUCGUUUUGUGUCUCCCUCAAUAACAUGUGGACUCUAAGGUUUCAGAUCCAAACUUGCUACUUUGUGCUCUUCUGCCAUCAGUCAUCAUUUUUACGGACUUUCACAUGCAGAAGAAAAAUGAUUUACACCAAUAUCCAAUCUCUCUGCAAUGCUGCUUUGCUAUUGAAACCAGGGUUAAAGGCAUUUUCUAAAAUAAACGAGCACCCUGAUUGGUCAAACACUUAUUGUGUCUUGCAAUGGUAAAUUCAGAGAAAAAUUGAAGUUUAUUUUAUAAAAGCAUUAGAUGGCUUAUCCUAUUGGUUUUGUGUGAUGUUGGGAAAACAACAAAAAGGUUGUAAAUCACUCGCCUCUGGCUCGUGAUUUUUCAAACUUUUCUUAUGUUCUCCCAUCAUCCUGUGUGGG